CACAUACCAAGAGACCAUGCAGCAGCACACCAGAAGCUUGUGGCUAAUUACUUUUGUGAGAAGCCUCUCUACACGCCGGAGAUGUUUCGCAGAAGGUUUCGCAUGGGCAAACCACUCUUCCUGCGAAUCGUAGAUGCCCUCAGCAACUGGUCACCCUAUUUUACUGAUAGAGUAGAUGCCAUUAAUCGUGAGGGUCUCUCGCCGCUCCAGAAGUGUACAGCGGCAAUGCGUAUGCUUGCCUAUGGGACAGCAGCUGACCAGCUUGAUGAGGUGCUAAUGCUUGGAGCCAGCACAUCAUUGGAUUGUUUGAGUGCAUUUGCGCAAGGUAUUAUUGAGGUCUUUGGUGGAGAAUAUUUGCGCCCCCCUACGCCUCAAGAAAUUCUUCGUCUUAUGGAAAUUGGUCAUGCUCGUGGCUUCCCUGGCAUGUUAGGAAGUAUUGAUUGUAUGCACUGGCAGUGGAAAAACUGUCCAAUGGAAUGGAGGGGUCAGUUCACAGGUCACCAUGGAGUUCCUACUAUGAUACUUGAAGCUGUUGCGUCAUAUGAUCUUCGCAUAUGGCAUGCUUAUUUUGGAGUUGCUGGAUCAAACAAUGACAUUAAUGUACUGAAUCGAUCACCAUUGUUCAUCAGUACUUUGAAAGGAGAGGCGCCUAGGGUUCAAUACACUGUCAACGGGAGGCAAUAUGACACCGGUUAUUACCUUGCUGAUGGCAUAUAUCCAGAAUGGGCUACAUUUGUGAAGUCAAUACCGCUUCCUCAGAAUGACAAGAACAAAUUAUUUGCAAAGUUUCAAGAAGGGGCAAGGAAGGAUGUCGAGCGGGCUUUUGCUGCACUCCAAUCUCGUUUUAGCAUUGUCAAUCGUCCGGCAAAAUUUUGGAAACGUGCAGCCAUUGGAUCUAUAAUGCAAGCAUGUGUCAUACUUCAUAAUAUGAUAGUUGAGGAUGAACGGAAACCGUUUAACAUUCCCUUAGAUCUGAAUCGCAACCCACACAUAUCAUCUGUUCUACCUCCUGAAGUUAUGCAGGGUGCUCACCCUGUGUUUCAAGAUGUCUUGCGGAGAAGUGCCACAAUUCGUGAUCGAGAGACACAUAUUCAGUUAAAGUCAGAUUUAGUCGAGAAUAUCUGGGAUCGAUUUGGCGAGCAAUAA